CAAGAUGGCGCUGGGAGGAAGGCUGUGAGAUGAGGAACAGGCUGGUAUAAACCGAGAGGACAGGAGAGGGAGAGGAGAGGGGCAGGGGAAGCAGAGCCGCUGCUCCAGAUGCACUAAGAAGGAAGCUAUUCUGUACUGAAUCAGCAUGGGAUAGAGUGCCUAGAAGAUGUUCAGACCAAGCACAGCUAGCGCGCCUGGUUCUACAUUCUGCAUCCGUGCAGCCACGUUCUAUUGAUGGCCUGUUGUGAUUUCAAUGGAACAUCAUGGGAUGUACCUGGCACGUCGGGCAGCACUGGAUGGAGGUGCCUUUAGCCCAAUGUACCUGGCAUGGUGGUAAAGUGAAGGUGAAAGGAAGAGAAGGUGGAGAUGGAACUGCCAAAUCAUGCCAAACAACUGCUACUGCAGCUGAACCAGCAACGAGCCAAAGGUUUCCUCUGUGAUGUGAUCAUUGUGGUAGAAAAUGCCCUGUUUCGUGCCCAUAAGAACAUCCUGGCAGCCAGCAGCAUGUAUUUCAAAUCCCUUGUCCUGCAUGACAACCUGAUUAACUUAGACACGGACAUGGUGAACCCCACCGUGUUCCGUCAGAUCUUGGACUUUAUUUAUACUGGUAAGCUCUUAACGACUGACCAGCCCGGUGAACAGAACUUCAGUGCUCUCCUCACCGCAGCAAGCUACCUCCAACUGCACGACCUGGCAGCUCUCUGCAGAAAGAAGCUAAAGCGAAACAGCAAGUCCUUCUCUGGCAAGGCCAGUGGCCUUGGUGUUGGGAGAUCUGCCAGGACUCAGAGACUUUCCGCUGCUUCUGUCAUUCAAGCUCGCUAUUCAGGGUCAAAUGAGGGGUUGAAGGGCUCCCAUACAAAGGAGCUGUCAAAGGGAAAGCUCUCUGAUGAUGAGGUCUUUAUCAGCAGCUCCAAUCAAGAGAACUGUCACUCCUUAAGCAGGGGAGCCAGUAAGAAUUGUGGUGGGGGUGGUAGUGCAAAUGGGAGCACUGGUGAUCAGGAGCUCGGCCUCGAUUUGUCCAAAAAGAGUCCAUCACUCCCAGUUGCAGCCUCUCACGAUGACACGCAGCACAGUGAAAGCCAGCAUGGCUCUCCUCAAUCUGCCUCAGCCCCUGCAGCCAACAGUGCCUCAUCAUUUGACGAGUCUGGAGUUGGAGCCCCUCACAGCAUAGCGGACAGCAGUGACCCCAUGGAGAUGGAUCUGAGCGAGGAGUGCCACCACUCGCUGACAGAGAGCAGCCAGCGCAAGGGCCUCCGGCAUUCGUCCCGUAAGAAGGAGUGGAUCAAGAAAGAUAAUGCCUUUGACAGAAAGGAUGGAGGCAAAGACAGGGAUGAAGGCGAAGGGCUGCCCAAUGGGAUCUUGCUGGGGCCCUUGUCCAAGUCUGUGGAGCGGAGCCUGGCUGGGGCUUAUGGUGCAGACCUGCCCUACUCGUGUAAGGAGGAGGUAGAAAAUGGCAAGGAGAACAGUGAUGACAGCGGCCAGAGUGAGAGCGAGAGUGGUGGGCAUACCAGUGCCAACUACGUCUACCGACAGGAGGGAUUUGAGCCAGUGGCGUAUGGUGACAACCUGUAUGUCUGCAUUCCCUGUGGCAAAGGCUUCCCCAGCUCUGAGCAGCUGAAUGCCCAUGUGGAGACACACACUGAGGAAGACCUUUACAUCAAGGAGGAAGGCACAUAUGGUGGCAAGGAUGAAGCCGAGGAUUUGUCCAACCCCAACCAGUCCUAUUCUGCAGAGUCCCGGCCCUUCAAGUGCUCUGUGUGUGAGAAGAGCUACAAGGAUCCAGCGACACUGCGACAGCAUGAGAAGACUCACUGGCUGACGCGGCCUUUCCCUUGCAACAUCUGCGGCAAGAUGUUCACACAGCGGGGCACCAUGACACGGCACAUGCGCAGCCACCUGGGGCUCAAGCCCUUUGCAUGUGAGGAAUGCGGGAUGCGCUUUACCCGGCAGUACCGACUGACAGAGCAUAUGCGUGUCCACUCAGGAGAAAAACCCUACGAAUGUCAACUGUGUGGUGGGAAAUUCACCCAGCAGCGCAAUCUGAUCAGCCACCUGCGAAUGCAUACCUCUCCCACAUAAGCCAAAGACUCCAGAAUGAGCUUCGAGCCCAUCCGCAGUGAUUUACCUUUCUGUAAGACUUGCUGCUUAAAAAAAACAAAAACAAGCAAACAAACAAAAAAGGGGGCAACUCCCCAUACUCUGUUCAGUCAUGGGAGGCCUAAACAAAUGUAGCUUUAACAUUUUUUUAAAAGUUGUUUUCCCUUUAAAAAAAAAAAAAAAAAAAAAAAAAAGGUCCACAGCCAAGCUGAUGCAUUUAGUCCAACUCUCCCUCAAAAUCUUGGUGAUCUAGCAUGAAAUGUCACUUCUUUCCAUGUGCACUGACUUCACUGUCAUUUUGGGAAUCUGAAGCAAGAAGGAGGACCACAGGGAACUUUCGUUCUCUGCUGGACCCAGCCUCCCUGCCUCUUUCCUAUGCGAUGCUGUGGCCCUAGUCAUGUCCUCUCUUAAAAUGAAACUCAGUAGGGUAUUUCUUGCCAUUCAAAAGAAAAUAGCAUACAUCUAUGAAAAAACAUUGCAUUGCCCUCACAAACACGGAAACUGUGUCUGUGGACCAUCUUGCAGGGUUGGCAGCCCUUUUGGAUGCUGUGGUAAAGCCAAAGCAGUGACGGAACCCACCACCCACCCUGCUGGGCUCGCCAUGGUGGAGACAGCCAUCUACCUAGGCAUGCAGUGCCAGGGUGCUUUGCUUAAAGAGCUGGUGAUGCUUUCCUUACCAUCCCUCACUCAUUUGGUUUUAAUCUUUAUCCUUGGCACACGUAACCACAUACCACCUUUUCCCACAAAACAUGCAAACCUCUUCAGCCUUACCCAUGACUGAACCAGGGACUGGAUGCCCUGAGAAUUUUUCAGUGAGCAGGGGGUCGUCUUUACUUUUCUAGUAGUUUCGUAUGAAUAUUCUUUGCUUAGAGGUACUUUUAUUAAAGGAAAAACCAUUGUAACGUUUAUGUGAAUGUUUGAACUGGAAGGUC